GUAUCAGUUGAAUUUUGCAAUUCAUUCAGAACACUGCCAAAGUUCCUUGAAUCCGAUUAAGUUGAAGUGAACAAGUGACUUUGAGUCUAAACCUAUAUAGUCAAAAUGCGUGCUCUGUUGAUCUCUUUUGCCGUUGUUGUUGUUGUUGGAGUAGCCACUGCCUACCCCUCAACCUUUGAGGAAGUUGAUUUUUCAAACGAUGAAGAUCUCCUUCCGAGUGUACAUGAUUUUGAGGAUCCAUCCUUUAUGCAACCGGAAAUUCAUUCUCGCCAAAAGAGGGCUACCUGUGAUCUUCUGAGUGCUUUUGGUGUUGGACAUGCUGCUUGUGCUGCUCAUUGCAUCGGGCAUGGAUUCAGGGGUGGAUACUGCGACUCAAAGGCUAUCUGCAGAUGCAGGCGAUAAAUUUAUGGAUAUCACUGCGGAAAUUUUACUUUUACCAACGAUUUGUGUUUAUUUUUGUAAAAGAAAUUAAUUUGAAUUCAAUAAAUACUUAUUUUAUUAACAAAA